GCACACCAAACGCAUUCUCUCUCCUAAAAGCAAAUAUCAAAAUCUAGAAGAGUAACUUUGAAACCAUAGAUGGCUCGUACCAAGCAAACCGCUAGAAAAUCCACCGGAGGAAAGGCUCCGAGGAAGCAGCUGGCGACGAAAGCGGCGAGGAAGUCAGCUCCGGCCACCGGAGUGAAGAAGCCGCACAGAUUCCGCCCCGGAACGGUGGCGCUUAGAGAGAUCAGGAAGUACCAGAAGAGCACCGAGCUUCUCAUCCGCAAGCUUCCGUUCCAGCGUCUGGUUCGUGAGAUCGCUCAGGAUUUCAAGACGGAUCUGAGGUUCCAGAGCAGUGCCGUCGCGGCUUUACAAGAGGCUGCCGAGGCUUACCUUGUUGGGUUGUUCGAAGACACGAAUCUGUGUGCGAUUCACGCGAAGAGAGUCACGAUCAUGCCGAAGGAUAUCCAGCUCGCUAGGAGAAUCAGAGGUGAAAGAGCUUGAAGACCUAUCUAGCUUUGUCUAGUUCGUUAAUGUGUACUUUGAUCUAUGGUGAAUUUUCUAAUUCUGGGUUUGCUAAAGGUUUAGUCUUUGUUAAGAUAGUCCUUAAGGUGUUCGACGAAAUACCUCAAUGAAAAUGUUCUCUUGUUUAAUAUAUUUGCCCAAAUUAUCUUUGGUACGCGUUUAAAUCAA